CUUCUUUAUAGUUAUGAAAAGCCGGACAGGAGGUUUCAUCUUUAUAACAGUUGACACAACAAAAUUAAAAAACCAAAAUUGGAUUUAAAAAAAUUCUGUUAACACAUAUUCGGUGAAAAUAUCGGUAAAAAAGAAGAACUCAUGUAUAGAGUAAAGAACAUAGCGAGUUAAACAUGCAGCACCUUUGUUUGUUCGGGCAACUGAGAAGGAUUUCACCCAGCCCUUUGGCACAAGUUCGCUUUUUGACUUUGUCAACCGUAGGAAAGAGAAAGGCGAUCACUCCAACAGCCCAAGCUCCGCAAAACGUCCGGCUGUACAGCGACAAAAAAGGCCUGGUCUCUCACGAAGGCUCCGAUGUGUCAACAAACGUCAAAGAAAUUGUCAAAGAGACGACAAAGACUGUGUCUUAUUCAGUCGUAAUACUGGCAGGGGUGAGCGUCACUGCGAUGCUCUUCUAUGUCAUAUUCAAGGAGCUUUUCUCGAGCAAAAGCCCUAACAAUGUCUAUGCGAAAGCGUUCGAUCGAUGUACCAGGGAGACAAAAGUGCUCGAUGCAUUAGGCGAACCUAUCAAAGGCUUUGGAGAGGAGAACAGAAGAGGAAGAAGACGACAUGUUAGCCACACCCUCUAUGAAGUAAAUGGGGUUGUACACAUGAGGAUGCGAUUUUAUCUAAAAGGUUCCAGAAAAUCAGCAACUGCUCACCUUGAAGUUAAAGAGAAUGAAAAUGGUGAUUAUGAGUACAGAUAUUUAUUCAUCCAAUUAGAUGACUACCCUCGCACAGUCAUCGUCAUCGAGGACAACAGGCAUGACAAUUCAAAGGUGUUGACACCAUCUCCGGAGAUUAUGCUAUGAUGCGGCCUCUCGGCUUUGUUGUAAUUUUGUGAUAUACCACACAGAAAACGAGUCAACAUUUUACUUGUUUAAGAUAAGGUUGCCUUGAUAACCAGAGUCAAUUUGUUAAAGGACUGAUUGUUGUUGUUAUAGAGAGUUCUUUAAUAUGGAUUUCUUAAUAAAGGGUUUUUAUUUCUGUGAAUUAA